GGGGGGAGGCAGGAGCAGACCGAGCUCAAAUUCAUUUCUGCCGCUGCUCCUGAAAGCGCAGCACACUGAAGGAGUGUAACGUGGGGGAGCCGGGAGCUGGACGCACACACUGUCAAAUGGAUUAUUCUCAGACACACUUGAGAAGUUGGACAAUAGCAGAACACCCAGGGGACUUGCUCAGACAACUUCUUUGUGACUGUGACAAAAAGAAGGAAAAUCUGCUGUCUUUGAAGCAGAUAUGGACUGACUGAGAGCUAUUUGCUGCUUGAUUCAUUCAGGUCCGGCUCACUCUGACAGACCUGGGACUGGCACCGACAACUGAAGAUGUAAACAUGUGGGGUUGAAUUUUAACAGCUGCCUGUCACACAGUUACACCGCCGUGGGAUCCAAUAGGCAUGGAAAGCAUCAGUGUGGAAACAGCCUGGGACGGGCUGGGCCUCUCCUCAACAUUUGCCCAGGGACGCGUCAACAACUUCUCCUCGUUUGUUUCUGAACUGAACUCACUCAACAGCACUCACAGCGGGGGCUCCUCCUUCGGCUUCUUCUCUGAAAAUAACUCCACCACCAGCUCGCCCCAGAUUCCGCCCCAGCUCAGGGUACGGGACGUGGGGCUGGCCCGGGCAGAGAUCGCCAUCCUGGGGGUGAUCCUGGCCCUCACCACCCUGGGAAACAGCUUUGUGCUCUGGGUGUUGCUACGCCGGAGGAAGCACAACGCGCCCAUGCACGUGUUCAUGGUCAACCUGUGUGUGGCUGACCUUGUGGUGGCCUUCUUCCAGGUCCUGCCACAGCUGAUUUGGGACAUCACAGAGAGAUUCCAGGGGCCCGAUAUACUAUGCCGCUGUGUCAAGUACUUGCAGAUUGUGGGCAUGUUUGCCUCGUCUUAUAUGAUAGUUGCCAUGACAGUGGACAGGCACCACGCCAUCUGCUGCCCUUUGCAGGCUUAUCGCGGGGGGGUCAUGUCCCGCUGGAACACACCGGCCAUGGUGGCCUGGGGGCUGGCCUUGGUCCUGAGCAUACCACAGGUGUUCAUCUUCUCCCGCUCUGAAGUGGCCCCUGGAGAGUUUGAGUGUUGGGGGCACUUCACCGAGCCGUGGGGACUCAAGGCCUACGUCACCUGGAUGACUGUAGCUGUGUUCCUGCUGCCCGCCCUCAUCAUCACCAUCUGUCAGAUAAGGAUCUUCAGGGAGAUUCACAAUAAUAUCUAUCUAAAAUCGGAGCGCAUGGUAAUGGCCGAACUGAAGAAGAAUGAGAUCCUGUUUCGUUUUAAUAGCUUUAAAAAAGACGAGGAGCGGAGCAACAGGGAGCGGGUGCGGCGGGCCUCUGCAGCAGGGAGCAGAGACACAAGAGGGGCCCAGCAGAUUUUAAAGGGGGUCAAUAACAACUCGCACACCAACACCAAAACAGUGGAGUGUUAUGACUAUGUCCCAUCAUCACUCCAGUACAGCAGCUGCCACACUGACCAUGUAACUGCCGCAGCUACUCUAAACAGCUCUGAAUGUCAGGAGCAUAAUACCUCGUAUGAAGUGGAGUCCAGCUCUCCCCGCUGUUCACUUGAAUACCCCGCCCCACCACAGCUGCGCCCCAGCACCCCACCCCCCAGCAUCACAAAAGCUAUGUCCAAGACCGUCCGCAUGACUCUGGUGAUCGUCCUGGUCUACACUGUCUGCUGGUCGCCAUUUUUUAUUGUGCAACUGUGGGCAGCAUGGGACCCCCACCCUCCAGACCAAGGCGUGGCUUUCACUAUCCUGAUGCUGCUGGCCAGUCUGAACUCCUGCACCAACCCCUGGAUCUACACGGCCUUCUCCAGUAGUGUGUCCAGAGAGCUGCAGCACCUACUCCGCUGUGGCUCUCGCUCGGGCCGAAGGGGCUCUUUGCCUGAUGACUCCACAGCCACACACACUUCCACCACCAAGGACAGCAUGUACUGACAUACACUGAAGAAAUACACACAUAUCUUUGAAGAGCUGGCUGUCUCACUGCACCUCUGCCCUGGGACAGAGCACUGACCUCCACCAGAUGUUUCCCCGGCUGCACUGUCAACAGGACCUGUGUGUAAUCACACAGUCCCUCCUCGACACGGUGAAGGGUGUCAUUGAAGAUGUCAGCACUAGAUUAUGGGGGCACUGGAGGAUAUGCUGUGACAAACUGUGACAGCAUCUCCAAUCCGAGUUGCCCUUGAAUGUAAAGAUUCUCACCUCAGCUGCGUUAGAGCCGGUCCUUUUGCAUUAACACCAACAAGAGUCUUGGCCUUUUAAGCCGGCAGUGCUAGAGGAAUGCAGAGCCAGACGCUUCAUAAUGGUCUUUGGCCACGCCUAAUGUGCAAAGCAGCAGACACAUCUAAACUAUGGCCAUAAUAAAAACAAGGAAACAGUGGAGGAUGACACAUAUGUUACAGGAGCUGCUCCAGAAGGCUGUAGAAAUCUAAUAAUGUGAACAAACUUUGUUAAAUCAAAGAAAGUGGAUUAGAGGUGGAUGCUUGGAGCUGAAUAAAUAUUCUCAGGAGGAAUCCGGUUUGAAGGAACAACAGUGAUUUGUUUUAGCAGUGGGCAGAGCCGCUAAGUGACGACAGACGCUGCGCCUUGAGAAAAUGCAGCUCUAUGGAUCAAUGCGAACAGGUCGAGGGGGCAGCGCCACACUCACAAACAUGCGCACGCAAGAGGGCCGUACAACCCACAAUCAUACAAAUGAACAAUCCAGGUUUCCGCAACCAACCGGGACACAAUUAUGUGUUGUAUUCUGUACAAACACAAGUCUGAGGUACACCAACGACCUUCCUGUUAGCUCCUGGACAAACAUGGACAUUAGGGGCACAGGCAGGAAACAGGUCCAUUCCAUGUAUAGUAAUGACAGUGUAAAGUGUAUUUAUUUAAACAUGUGGCACAUGACACAUUAUUAUUUGUAAGCUAGCUACAUACUGAAUGUAAGUGCAAGAUCCUCAUUUAGCUGGAGUCCAUCCCAAUUUUUUUUUUUCAGGUCUUAAAAACAGAUGACCCAGCGGCGGGUCCAGACCAAACUGACUGAGAGUGCAUUCGAGGUUCAAAGGGGUCAAAGUCUAUACUAUUUCAUCAAGUGUCAUUAUUUACCUUGCCUUAAAUUAGGGUGCAAACCUUUAUAACUGAGGUUGCAAUGCACCCUUUUGUACCCCUGUAGACCUGGCCUGAGAUUACCACAUUCACUUUGGCCUCCAAUAUGUCCCACAAUGCAGUUCUUGUCGUGUGUAAGAUGUCUUCCACGGUAGCCAUAACAUAAUAAAAUACAUUUGUUCAGAUUUAGGUAUUAAAUAGUUGUAGAACUAGAAAGUAUAUUGUAUCACAAGUAGUGGAUUGCAGAUUGAAGUGCAAACUUCAUUUAUUUCAUGUUUUUUUUUUUUUUUAAACCUUUACAAAAGUGUAGAAAAUGCAUAACACAAGAAAAAUGUGAAAACUGUUAAAAUGACAUAACAACGUACAUAAACAUUGAGGUUUAUGUGUAUCGACAUUGUACAAUAGAGAUGUGGUGUGGACAUAGCCAAUGUUCAGUCUCUUCAUGUCAGUGUUUGGAGAAAGACGAGCUCCUGUCAGACCAAGUGCCUGUAACGUCUGCUGACAUUUUGAGCAGGGGCUCUCUCCCACUCUGGAUUAAUGUUCAAAUGAUGUCAGCACUGUUAUUCUUAGAUGGAGCUACCGUCAUCCGCAGCAGGAUGUUUGGACAUGUUACAUCACACCAUGAGCCAUAUUUCUAUAAUGCCCUAUUUAUUACUGUAAAUAUCAUGAUAAUCUCAGUACUGUAUGUCUGUAUGUACAGUUUUGAUAUCACUUUUUGUGCAUAAAGGUAUUCUGCCCGUCAACUGCUUACUUG